AUGAAAUUAGAUAUGUACAUUGAAUCUCUCAAGACAGAGGGGACGAGAGACAGAGUACACAACGAGCCCCUGGCGGACGCGUGCGGCCGUGGCGGUGGCGCAAGGACGCGGAAGCGGAGCGGGGAGGGGAGCGGUGGCGGCGCGAGCCGGAGCGCGGGGACUGGACUGUCUGAGGCGCGCGCCGCGCUGGGGCUAGCGCUCUACCUGCUCGCUCUGCGGGCGCUUGUGCAGCUCUCGCUGCAGCAACUUGUGCUCCGCGGGGCCGCUGUCGGCCGCCGGGGAGAGUUCGAUGCGCACCAAGCCAGGGAUUAUCUUGAACAUAUAACAUCCAUUGGCCCCAGGACUACAGGAAGUCCAGAAAAUGAAAUUCUGACAGUACAUUACCUUUUGGAACAGAUUAAACUGAUUGAAGUUCAAAGCAACAGCCUUCACAAGAUUUCAGUAGAUGUACAACGGCCCACAGGCUCCUUUAGCAUUGACUUCUUGGGAGGGUUUACAAGCUACUAUGACAACAUUACCAAUGUUGUGGUAAAGCUGGAACCCAGAGAUGGAGCCCGGCAUGCAGUCCUGGCUAACUGUCAUUUUGACUCAGUGGCAAACUCACCAGGUGCCAGCGAUGACGCAGUUAGCUGUUCAGUGAUGCUGGAAGUCCUUCGUGUCUUGUCGACAUCUUCAGAAGCCUUAUAUCAUGCGGUCAUAUUUCUCUUUAAUGGUGCUGAGGAGAACGUCUUGCAAGCCAGUCAUGGUUUUAUUACCCAGCACCCCUGGGCCAGCUUGAUCCGUGCUUUUAUUAACUUGGAGGCAGCAGGUGUAGGAGGGAAAGAACUUGUAUUCCAAACAGGUCCUGAAAAUCCUUGGCUGGUCCAAGCUUAUGUCUCAGCAGCUAAACACCCAUUUGCUUCAGUGGUGGCUCAGGAGGUUUUCCAGAGUGGAAUCAUUCCUUCAGAUACUGACUUCCGGAUCUACAGGGAUUUUGGGAACAUUCCGGGAAUAGACUUAGCUUUUAUUGAGAAUGGAUACAUUUAUCACACCAAGUAUGAUACAGCGGACAGAAUUCUAACAGAUUCCAUUCAGAGAGCAGGUGACAACAUUUUAGCAGUUCUUAAAUAUCUAGCUACAUCUGAUAUGUUGGCUUCUUCUUCUAAGUAUCAACAUGGAAACAUGGUCUUCUUUGAUGUGCUUGGCCUGUUUGUCAUCGCCUACCCAUCUCGUGUUGGCUCAAUAAUUAACUAUAUGGUGGUAAUGGCUGUUGUUUUAUACCUGGGAAGGAAAUUACUGCAUCCCAAAUAUAAAACUGCUACCUACACAAAGGACUUCUUCUGUGGACUUGGCAUCACUCUGAUAAGCUGGUUUACCAGCUUGGUUACAGUUCUCAUUAUAGCAGUAUUCGUCUCCCUUAUUGGACAGUCCCUCUCAUGGUAUAACCACUUCUAUGUCUCCGUUUGUCUGUAUGGAACUGCAGCUGUAGCCAAAAUAAUAUUCAUACAUACCCUUGCAAAAAGAUUUUAUUAUGUGAAUGCCAGUGGCCAGUAUCUGGGAGAAGUAUUUUUUGAUGUCUCGUUGUUUGUACACUGUGGGUUCCUUACAGCUCUCACUUACCGGGGGCUCUGCUCUGCAUUUAUUAGCGCUGUCUGGGUGGCAUUCCCGCUGCUCACAAAGCUUUGCGUGCAAAAGGACUUGAAGCAGCAUGGUGCUGGAGGAAAAUUUAUUGCCUUUUACCUUUUGGGGAUGUUUAUUCCAUAUCUGUAUGCACUGUACCUCAUCUGGGCCGUAUUUGAGAUGUUUACCCCUAUCCUUGGCAGGAGUGGUUCGGAAAUUCCACCUGACGUUGUGCUGGCCUCUAUUUUGGCUGGUUGUACCAUGAUUCUCUCAUCCUAUUUUAUUAACUUCAUCUACCUUGCCAAAAGCACAAAAAGAACAAUGCUAAGUUUAACUUUGGUAUGUACAGUUACAUUCCUCCUUGUUUGCAGUGGAACUUUUUUCCCAUACAGCUCCAACCCUGCCAGUCCAAAGCCAAAGAGAGUGUUUCUUCAGCAUAUAACCAGAACGUUUCAUGGUCUGGAUGGAAACGUAGUUAAACGGGACUCUGGAGUGUGGAUCAAUGCAUUUGAUUAUACCGGCAUGUCCCACAUAACACCUCACAUUUCUGAAAUCAACGACACCGUCCGAGCUGACUGUGAGGAGAGCGCCCCGCUCUGUGGCUUCCCCUGGUAUCUGCCCGUGCACUUCCUCAUCAGGAAAAACUGGUAUCUUCCUGCCCCAGAAGUCUCUCCAAGAGAACCUGCUCAUUUCAGACUUGUAUCCAAAGAACAGACACCCUGGGAUUCCAUAAAGCUGACCUUUGAAGCAACAGGACCAAGCCAUAUGUCCUUCUAUGUCCGAACCCACAAAGGGGCUACGCUUUCUCAGUGGUCUCUCGGCAACGGCACCCCAGUCACAAGUAAAGGAGGGGACUAUUUUGUCUUUUAUUCCCAUGGACUUCAGGCCUCCGCAUGGCACUUCUGGAUAGAAGUACAGGUCUUGGAAGAACAGCCUGAAGGAAUGGUCACUGUGGCCAUUGCUGCCCACUAUCUUUCUGGGGAAGACAAGAGAUCCUCCCAGCUGGAUGCUCUGAGAGAGAGGUUCCCAGAUUGGACAUUUCCCUCUGCCUGGGUGUGCACCUAUAAUCUCUUUGUAUUUUAA